AUGUCCCUCUAUGGACAGAGUUCACAGAAGCAAUGCAAAGUUACAAACAAAGGAGGCUCCUUUUAUGAAUUUAGAUCCAAUUCAAGAUCCGUGAAGUCGACAAUUCUUCAUUUUCAGUUGAGGAACCUGGUAUGGGCUACAACAAAGCAUGAUGUGUACUAUAUGUCCCAUUUCUCUGUCCUUCGUUGGUCUUCCUUAACUUGUAAGAAAUCAUCAGUUCUUAAUUUAGCAGGACACGUGGCACCACGUGAGUAUUUGGAUCGACCUGGAGUUUGCUACUGUUCGAGGACAAGUUAUGAUGAUAAUGCCAUCACUAAUGCUGUAGACAUUUAUACAACUCCUAGUGGUGCAGUUCGUUUUGCAGCCUCGAAUAAUGAUUGUGGGGUCCGGGAUUUUGAUAUGGAAAAGUUUGAGAUGUCUAAGCACUUCCAGUUUCCUUGGCCUGUGAAUCAUACAUCAGUCAGCCCUGAUGGCAAGCUUUUUGUAAUCGUGGGAGACAAUCCUGAAGGAAUUUUGUUCGAUUCCACCUCCGGAAGGCAAAGGGUUGCAGCUUUGAAAGGACACCUGGAUUUCUCAUUUGCAUCAGCAUGGCAUCCAGACGGCAACACAUUUGCCACAGGCAACCAAGACAAAACAUGCCGGGUGUGGGAUGUACGACACCUGUCCGAAUCAAUAGCCACUCUCAAGGCCAACUUGGGGGCAAUUCGGUCAAUUCGCUACUCAUCCGAUGGCCAAUUCAUGGCUAUGGCCGAACCAGCUGAUUUUGUCCAUGUUUUUGAUGUCAAAAAUGGAUACCAAAAACAACAAGAAAUCGAUUUUUUUGGUGAAAUAUCGGGCGCGUGUUUUAGUCCCGACACCGAAUCGCUUUUUAUUGGCGUGUGGGACCGGACUUAUGGGAGUCUUCUAGAAUACGGAAGAAGGCGUAACUACUCGUAUAUUGAUUGCUUAAUUUGA